AUGUCCUCAGUGAAGGUAGCAGUUCGUGUGAGGCCUUUCAACAAACACGAGGUUGCUCUCCGGUCUAAGCGUGUCAUUUCCAUGUCCGGUGAUGCAACUACUAUUAGCAUUCGUUUUGGUCUAUUUUGUCAGGCAAGUGACCCGUUGUUCGUGUCGCAGAGUCUGAUCUACAAAGAAAUUGGUGUUGAGGCACUGGAUCACGCGUUGAAAGGCUACAACGUUUGUGUAUUCGCCUACGGUCAGACGGGCUCGGGAAAGUCGUACACUAUGAUGGGAAAACCAGAUGAUCCAGAACACAUGGGUUUGUCUCCGCGUAUUUGUCGUGAUUUGUUUACACGCCUGGAUGAGAUUCGGAUGGAGAGGCAGCAGGCGAAGUUUCAGAGCAUCGUUGAGGUCUCCUACAUGGAGAUAUACUGCGAACGGGUUAGGGAUCUCCUCAAUCCAUGUGGAAAAGGACGCCUUAGGGUCCGAGAACAUCCUACCUACGGACCCUAUGUAGAGGACCUUUCACGGUGUGCUGUUCAGUCCUUUGAUGAAGUCAACCAACUCAUCAAUGCAGGAAAUAUGUCAAGAACUGUGGCAUCGACAAAUAUGAAUGAGACCAGCAGCCGAUCCCACGCCGUCCUCACGCUCCUCGUAACGCAGCGGGAAGUUGAUGUCCACACUCAACUCAUCGCGGAAAAGGCGAGUCCAUUCAACCCCGGCCGAAUCCGAAAUGAUUUAUCAGCUAGGGUGAGCAAAAUCAGUUUGGUCGAUUUGGCGGGAAGUGAGCGCGCGGACGCCACGGGGGCCACCGGCAUGCGGCUGAAAGAGGGCGCCAACAUCAACCGAUCGCUCACCACCCUCGGUAAGGUCAUCGCCUGCCUCGCCGAAUUGGCCACAUCGAAAAAGAAAAGGAAGAAUGAUUUUAUACCCUACCGCGAUUCAGUCCUCACUUGGCUACUUCGGGAAAAUCUCGGUGGCAAUUCCCGGACAAUGAUGCUAGCCACGAUCUCUCCAGCGGACGUGAACUACGAGGAGACCCUCUCUACUCUUCGAUAUGCAGACAGAGCGAAGCAGAUAGUCUGCAAAGCGGUCAUCAACGAAGAUCCGAAUACGCGAAUUAUUCGCGAACUGAAGCUCGAGGUUGAACACCUUCGAAGGCUUCUUCGAUUAGAGCAGGGUGUCCCAACUAAUGAGGCCAAGGAAUUACCCUCGGACCUGGAGACGAGUUUCGAACUGAAACAGUAUGAGGCCAGAACUGAGGAACUGCGCGCGUCAGAAAAGUUGUUGGCAGAAUUAAACGAGACUCUUGAGACGAAACUGAAGAAAACAGAGGCUCUUCGGAUACAGCGAGAACAGGAACUGCGAGCAAUGGGCAUUGCCCUUCGUGCGGAUGGGGCAUUAACCGGUGUCUUUGCGCCCAAGGCAAGCCAAAUGAUUGCUAUCUUAGUUUUACUAGGUCACUUGGAAGAAGGCAGGGACCUGGACAUUGGCCUUUUGGGGAGCUUCAUCAGACCGCAGCACUGCAAUUUCUUGCUGGAAAAUAGCUUGGUGACAAUCGAACCAAUCCAGGACGCUGAAUGCUACAUUAAUGGGAGCCUGAUUAAGAACCCAACAGAACUCCAAUCAGGUGAUCGAGUGAUUCUUGGAAAAAAUCACGUCUUUCGAUUCAAUAAUCCCUUGGCACGCCGCGAUCGGAAGUCGGUUGGCAACGAUGAAAUGACGAUGAGUGUGGGCGAAACCAUGGACUGGACGUACGCAAUCUGCGAACUUCUCGACAAGCAGGGCGUGGACUUGCGCGAGGAAAUGGCUGAGCGUCUUCUGGAAAUGGAGGAACAGUAUCGACGUGAGAGGGAGGAGAGUGAUCGACGAUUUGACGAACAGAGAAAGGAAUAUGAAGGCCAAAUUCAAGUUCUUUUGGAAAAAGUCGAACAACAAUCACUGAUGAGUUCCAUGGUCCACGAAGACUCAGUCUCCGAUGAAGAAGGUAGGAUUCGUAGUACCUUGCUCUUGAAGGAUAUUCUGUGGGAUAAUGCAGUUUUUCUAAAGGAAGCAAACGUUAUGAGCGUGGAGUUAGGAAAAAAGAUGCAGUAUCAGUUUAUAAUGCUGACGAACACAUCCUACACACCAGUCAGUAAAGACAUUGCAAAAAUGGUGGGCGACAUGCGGAAUUCCUCAAACAAACUGGACGACGAGACCAUAGUGGCCAUUGAGGCCGUCAACACAGCCAGUGGCAUCAGCUACAAAUGGACACUCGAAACCUUUAGAGAACGCCUUUUAGAAAUGAGGCAUUAUUUUCGGGUAGAGGGGGACUUCUCAAACCUCGCUGCGCAUCCACCCGCCUCCGCACAGUGUUCUUUAAAGAGAAGUAUACUACCGGAGUCCUCCGAGUCAUCGACAUCUGAAGUGGCUGAAAUGGACUAUCAGACACGCAUGGAAUCCGACAGAGAAAUUGAUUAUAGGGAAGAAGAGGAAUAUUCAGACACAAACGACCCAUUUUGCGAUCGAUUGUCGUGGUUCCAGGCCAUCGGAAGAUGCUUCGUUUACUUGACUAACCUCUACUUCGACGUGGCUCACGAGCAGGAACUGCAGCUUAUCGACCGCGACGGAGACCGUGUGGGCUUCGUCCGUGUCCGCGUGGAGUCUAGCGGCGAGUCACCGUCGCCACGCUCCCCCGCCCCCCUCAAGUGUCCCUCACCCCUCUUCGGGCCUGCCUCGCAGGGAGGUCAACGCGAGGGGCAUUCGAACCUGCACUUCGCCGACGACGAGUACUUUAGCUCAGAGACAAAUGACAAUGACUUCACCGACAAUUUCGCAUUUGGAAAUGUAGAUUACGCACCGAUUUCCGACCCUCUAGCAACGGUGAUACCGAAAGAAACCUGUAAUGGCAAGACACCGAAGUUCCGUGAUCGACAAUUUUUUCCUGCUGAUAGCACGACCAGUGAAACCGACAUGCUGACAGAGGAGCACGCCAAAUUGCCUUGGUUGUGUGAGGAAUUCCUUCCAUCACAUCUACGCAUUGGUGGUAAAUUUAGGUGGACAAUCACUAUACUCGAGAUUCAAGAUAUUCCACCUCACUUUUCCGAUGUUUUUUGUCAAUUUUGGUUCCCUAACAAACCAGAUGAAAUUUAUUCGACUGAACCAAUGCGCGAUGUGAACACCACGAAAAAACUGGAAUUUUGUCAAGUUCAGAAGUUUACUGUUAGUGUUACUCGUGCCUUUGUGGAUUUUUUGAUGAGAAAACCCCUUACUCUUGAGGUUUUUGGUCAUGCCCGAAGGGACCUGGCAAUGCAACGUCUACGUAAACAGGCGAUGCUUUCUGGCUCGGGAAAUUUGAUCUCCCAGAAUGACUUGCUAGUUUGGUUUGAAAUUUUCGAGCUGAACGAUGUAGGAGAGUACAUACCGGUUCCAGUUCGUCAGUCGGAUGUUUCACCAGGCCAGGGUGUAUUCAUGCUCCGACAAGGUGUCCAGCGUCGCAUCGCGGUGACAAUCAUUCACGAGCCCCUAAAGAACGCAUUUUCCGACGUUACUUUCAUUGGUGUGCAGGAGGUGGUGGUUGGGAGGGCAAGGGACACGCCGGAAUUCCACUUCUCCGAUUCACAAACCCGCAUUCUCUCCUUGUCGGUAUUUCCCGUCAAUUUUCUCCCACCUGCUGGAGACGACAGGAUAUUUUUUCGGUUUGAAGCUGCUUGGGACAGCUCGCUUCAUGGCUGCAGCUUUCUCAACAAGGUGACGCCAAAAGGUCAAAUGGUCUACAUAACCAUGUCGUGUUAUGUGGAACUAGCCCGUUGCCUCGAUACAGUCUGUCUCACCAAAGACCUGGCGAUGGCUAUCUUUCCGCGUUCCUCAACCUUUACAAUACCAAGGCCAAUUCGCUCGCUGAUUGGCUCGUUGUUGAAUCAGGUGGACCUUCGGCAUGUGACUGGAAUGUAUGAUCUUCAAUUUUGGAAGAUACCAGAUAAGCCCAGCACUCAGAUUUCCACCAGAUACUCGACAAGUUCUACUUAUGUACGGGGCGAGGAAAAUAUUCGUGGUUGGCGGCCGCGUAGCGAUUCCCUCAUUCUCGAACAUCAUUUCGAACUGGAACGUCUCCGAAAAAUAAGAGAGGUGCGGAUUAGUCCAGUGGUCAAUCGAAAGGGUGCGCUCCUAAUUUCGGAUGACUUGCAUCCAGGUUGGGUACUGCGAUGGAUUGUGGUGCGUCGUCCCUUCCUCUACGUGUACGAAAAUGAAAAGGAUACUCUCGAACGGAGAAUCAUCAACCUCACGAAAGCGCAAACUCAGUACAGCGCGGACGAAGCUGAAAUAUUUGGUGGAGACGUGGUAACUCCGUCGAAGGCUGACACCUUCACUGGCAAAACGAAUAGUCCUUCAUGCCAAUCAGAAAUAUUUGCUCUUACUACGACUGACAGAAGGAUCUUCAUGAAAGUAGCACCCGGCUGCAGCAGAGGUGAAAUCCACGAAUGGCUGUACGCAUUCAACCCUCUCGUGGCUGGAGAGAUUAAGUGA